AUGAACGAAACUCCGAUGCAAACCGCGAAGGACGCAAGCAAUCUCAAAACAAGCGAGACCAAUGACAUAGAACGCUCGGCGAGCUCAGUAACUGAGCGUCAUGGCAGCACUAUCGUCCUUUCGGCGUCAGACGAUGCUGGGUACCAUCGUUCUUUGACGAGGCGCCAAAUAAUGAUGAUGACUUUUGGAGCUGGCAUCGGCACUGGGCUUUGGGUGGGAACUGGACAAGCAUUGCACUAUGCCGGUCCUGCUGGUACAGCAAUCACCUAUACAAUCACAGCGAUGAUCGUGUACGCCCAAUACUCGUCAAUCGGCGAGAUGACUACAUACAAGCCUAUUCAUGGUGGCUUUAUCCGACAAUGCGCUGAAUAUGUGGAUCCGGCGUUCGGCUUUGCGAUUGGUGUCAACUUCUGGUUUGCGUGGGUGAUGAUAAUUCCAGCCGAGAUCACAGCUGCGAUAUCCGUCCUGAAGUACUGGCCACAAACAGACGUCGUGCCACUCGCGGCAUUCAUUACUCUAUUUCUGGUAGUCUUCGCCAUCGCAAACAUGUUCCACGUCCGAGUCUACGGCUAUAUCGAGUAUUAUAUGUCCUUUGUGAAGUGCGUUGCAGUUGUCUUGAUGAUAUUCUUUAUGUUUAUCAUGACAUCGGGAGGAAUACCAGCAACAAACGGGCCAAUCGAGUUCCGAUAUUGGAAGAACCCUGGGGCUUUUAAUAAUGGAAUAAAGGGCAUUUCUAAAGCUUUCGUACAGGCGGCUUUUAGCUUUGGCGGUGGCGAGCAUAUCGCUGUUAUAGCUGGUGAAGUAGCCGAUCCCCGUCGCACUAUCAAGAAGACAGUUCGACCCGUUUUCUGGAGAAUGUUUACCUUCUUCGUGGUUAAUAUCUGGCUUGUCGGAAUGUGUGUUCCAUCCAAUGACACCGAUCUUGUUAACGCAAGCGGGACUAUGGGAAGCCCCUUUGUCAUUGCAAUCAAGCGGGCGGAUGUUUAUGGCCUGGCACAUGCCAUUAACGGGUUUAUAUUCCUCAGUGUUGUCAGCUGUGGCAUUACUAGUGUUUAUAUCGCAAGUCGAAGUUUGACAGCACUAUCUGACCUGCACAUCAUCCAUCCGUUCUUCGGAAGAAAGGACUCGCAGGGUCGGCCCUAUGUGUCCCUGAUUAUUAGUUUGGGCCUUGGUGGUGGGCUGGGCUAUCUCAACUGCAACAGUGUGGGCACUUUGGUGUAUAGUUGGUUUUCUGCCUUGGUGGCAAUAGCAACGCUUUUCCAAUGGGCCUCGAUCUAUAUUGCUCAUCUUCGCUUCCGGCAAGGUCUUCGAGCCCAAGGCAAGGAUCUUAGCACACUCCCAUUCAAAGGUCUUCUCACCCCAUGGGCGCAAUACUUCGGUCUCAUCAUUGUACUGUUUGUCUUUGGUUGUGAAUUUUACCUGGCUUGCUGGCCAUUCGGAGAAAAGGGUUCAGUGAAGAGCUUCUUCUCUUCUUAUCUCGCAGCCCCGUUGUUCGUCUUUGAUUACUUUGUAUACAAGUGGUAUUUUAAAACAACGAUAGUCAGGCCAGUUGACAUGGAUUUCGGUCCUGCCAAGGCCUUUGAUGAGCAGGACCUUAUCAAUGCUAUUACUGCUGAAGAUACGGGGCUGGAUUCAGAGAAGAGCAAGCACAAAACUUGGAGAAAGCGUGCUCAGUACAUGGUAUUUGGAUAA